ACAAAUGUCAACAAAAAUCUGUUUCGUUUGAAACAAACAUUUCUGUGAAAAAAAUUAGAUUCAGUUUUAAAUACAAUUGAUUUGAAUGUUUGACUGAAAGCGGAGACCCAUUGAAGACCUUAUCAUUUGAUUAGCUGUGGAUUGUGUGGACACAAGAAGAAUAUAUUCAAUGCCAUUAACGCCACAAUUAAAUGACUAUCUUUUGUGUCACAUUUGUUUCAAUCAGUUCUCAAACCAAAGAAAGCCCUUCACUCUCGUCUGUUCCCACACCUGCUGUUCAAACUGUCUUCAGUCAGUCCAAAGCUGUCCUUUCGAUUCGACGCCCAUUGAGACCAAACUGCCCGAAAAUGAGGCGAUUCUGGGAUUAAUUCAGACCAAUGGCUGUCCUCCUAAUGGUUCCCAGUCUUCACAACCAAACUCCAGACCUAAUGACAGAAUCGGUGUCCAGAGCUAUGAAUGUGUUGAAGUCAAAGACAUUCCCUAUUAUCGCAAAUGCAUUGAUUGUAUUAAACAAAUGGCACUUCUCUUACGACCUCAACAACAAAACCAAUCGUUGUCGCGUCCGAUGCAAAGAAAAUUGAUAACUCUAUUGCACUGUCAGAUCAUUGAGGGCGAGGGCCGCACCCGUGCCCUCAGGAACGUCCGCUCAAUCGGCGAACGAGCGUUGGCUGAGCUGCUCGUCAAACAUCAGGACUCACAUCAAUUGAGUUCCAAUUUAUGGGCAGCUGUGAGGGCCCGGGGCUGUCAGUUCUUGGGACCAGCCAUGCAGGAGGAGGUGUUAAGAUUAGUGUUAUUGGCUUUGGAGGACGGAAGCGCUCUUUCGCGCAAAGUAUUGGUUAUGUUUGUAGUGCAACGACUGUCGCCUCACUUUCCACAUCAGGCCAGCAAAACAGCGAUCGGACACGUUAUACAACUCCUAUACCGCGCCUCUUGUUUUAAAUUAACUAAAAGAGACGGCGACUCGAGUUUAAUGCAACUCAAAGAGGAGUACUGUUCGUAUGAAGCUUUACGACGAGAACACGACACGCAGAUUGUGUCCAUUGCUCUGGAGGCCGGUCUCAGGAUAUCUCCGGAUCAGUGGUCAUCGCUCUUAUAUGGCGAUAGUCUUCAUAAGUCACACAUGCAGUCCAUUAUAGAUAAACUCCAAUCUCCGGCUUCUUUCGCACAAUCCAUUCAAGAGUUUGUCAUUGCAUUGCAAAGGACUGGUGAUCCGUCGGGUUUGGCCGCUAUUAAACAACCUUUGGAGAGACUGGCGCUCAUUGAUCCGAGUUCUACACACGUGGUGAAUCAUCCGACGCUCGAAGAGUUGUCUGAAUCGCUUGAAUGCGCCAAAAGUAUAACAUUUGAAUUGAUUGAGUUCUUGCAACGAUUCACGCCUUCAUAUAAUAAUUCAACCAAUAAUAACAUUAAUAGUCGGAAUAAAAUGGCCACAAAUAUGUGCCCAAAUGGUAAUCAGAGGCCGAGAGUUAGUCGUGUGCGGCCUUUAAUGGAUGAGCACUCGAUUUCGCCUCAUUUUAAUGGCGAGACGUUGUCAACGAUAUCAGUGAGACAUCCAUCGCUGCAACAAGUGGUCCGGCCGUGCGCUUCUGUGCCGCCCUCCAGAAUCAUUAGGGCUACAAAUCUAGCCGUUUCACCGCCUAUGGGCCCAAUGGCUAUGAGUGCGCACUCAUUGCUCACUUCCACACCACCCGAAUUGAUGAGCAAUGAGUCGCCGCCAACCCAUUUGAGUGCAAUGCAAGCAAUUCCAGUGUUGGUCACAUCGGAGGCAUCGCAUGCAUUGAUCCAAAACGCAGGGCCAAUGGGUGGGUCUCUACUGACGUGCGGAAUGAGUUCUAACCUCCCUUCGGAAGACGACCAAAUCAUACCCUUCUCUGACCGGCCUUUUGUCUCAAAGUACGGUCCCGUGAGGUCUAAGUAUACGUAA